AAUUCGCCACGUCCAGUAGCUGGUUUCAAUUUCUUGAAGUCUUCAUAUCCAGAAAAUAUCAGAGUGGAUUUUUGCAAGGUAAAACGAGAUGGUACGACUUUGCAUGCAGGCUUGUGUUCUGAGUUCAAUGCUGUUAGCCGUUUCGGCGGCGUCUGGCUGCACCAUUGACCUUGGUUUGAUUGUGGAUGUCACCCGGAGUAUCAAAAAAGAAAACGUCUUUACUGUAAAAGCGGGAUUGGCCAAACUGGUGCAACAGAUUGGCGUGUCAGAAGAUGGCACACACGUAUCAUUGGAAACAUUUGAUAGUAAAAGCACCAUCCAUAACUAUUUCAAAGACACCUACCACCACAAUGAAGAAGCUGUUCUUCAUCUGAUAGACCAUGCUAUCGACAAACUGUCUAAGCCAACUCGACUGGACCUUGCUUUGAAAAAAGCUGAUGAAGAAAUGUUUACCAAGGCGAGUGGAGAUAGGGCUGGAGUGGAGAGCGCAAUGGUUCUGUUCACAGAUGGUAGAUCACAUCCCUCUCAGACUGAAACUGAUGCUUACAGAACAAGGGUGGAAAAUAUGAAGAAAAGAGGUGUCCGUAUGUUCGUUUUUGGAAUUGGUCCGGAUUCACGGAAGGAAAAACACCAGGAAGUUUUGAGGCUGAUUGGAGGGGAUACUGUGUUCUUCGUCCAAGAUUACAGCAAUCUCGAUGAAGCGAUAAAAAAACUCGCGGAUUUGAUGUGUCCUUGCAAGAAUUCUGAAGGAAUGGACUUGGCCCUUGUGGUGGACAAGACAGCCAGCAUUGGAACGGAAAACUUCUUGUUACUCAAAGGUUUUAUCCUUGAGCUCGUCCAAGGACUGCCAAUUGGGCCCGACCAGACCCACGCUGGAAUUAUUCUUUUUGCCAAAGAACCGACGUUGUUGAAUACUUUUGCGGACAAAAGGUACCACAGCAACGAGGCGUUGUACAAUCUUGUUGACCGCAUCGAUUCAAGAUUGGGCACAAGAACGUUCAUCGACAAGGCGCUGAAGGCAGCGAACACUUCACUGUUUACUACAAAGGGAGGUGAUAGGUCUUAUUUUCCAAACACGCUGAUUCUCCUUACAGAUGGAAGAACAAAUAGAGCCUCGGAACCAUACGCAAAUAUCAUUCCUUCACUUAAGGCUAAAAACGUUAAAAUUAUCGCUGUUGGUAUCGGAGAUUAUAGGAAGUUUCAGGGUCAACUGGAAGAAAUUGCAGGAGACCUCGUUUUCAACGUCCAAGAUUUUAGCAAAAUAUCCACUUUGUUCAACGGCAUCAUGUCUGAAAUCUGCAGUAAGUAUGAGAUCUUAUCAUAAC